GUAACAGCUGCUAUGCUCUCCGUCCGUCCGCUAAACAGAAGCUAACUUUAAGGGUUUGGGAAUUUGCGCGAACGUACAAGUAGUUUGUAAUUAUUGCAGCUACUCGUCUGGAGUCAUGACGGCGAUAAAAGACGGAGAAUACACAGCUACAAUCUACAAACUGAUUAAAGACGGACAGUAUGUGGAGGCAAUUCACAUCCUGAACGGCCAGCUUCAAAAACACACCAAAUCCAGAGCAGCGCUGUCUCUGCUGGGUUUCUGCUACUAUCACAUCCAGGACUUCACCAACGCCUCGGAGUGCUACGAGCAGCUCACCCAGCUGCACCCAGAGGUGGAGGAGUACAAGGUGUACUACGCCCAGUCGCUCUACAAAGCCGGUGCUUAUCCGGACGCCACCAAGGCCUCGUUUGUACUCGACAACCCCAGCAGUCACACCAAGAUGGUCAAGCUGCAAGCCUGCAUCAAAUACUGUGAGGAAGAUUACUCUGCCGCCAAGUCUCUGUUGGAGCAGCUGCCUCAGGAUGACCCGGACUACGUCUACAACAUGGGCUGUUUGCUUUACCAGGAUGGAAAGUAUGAGGAAGCCUGCAAGAAGUUCAUGUCUGCCAUGCAAGUGCUGGGAUACGUUCCAGCGUUGUCCUACAACAUCGCUCUGACCUACUACAGCCUUAAGAACUACGCUCAGGCCCUCAAAUACAUCGGAGAGAUCAUCGAACGAGGAAUCAGGGAGCAUCCAGAGCUGAGUGUCGGCAUGACGACCGAAGGCAUCGACGUCCACAGUGUCGGCAACACGCUGGUCCUGCAUCAGACGGCCCUAAUCGAAGCUUUUAACCUUAAAGCUGCCAUCGAGUACCAGCUGAAGAACCUGAAAGGAGCUCAGGAGGCUCUGACAGACAUGCCCCCGAGAUCAGAGGAGGAGCUGGAUCCGGUGACGCUCCACAACCAGGCCCUGGUGAACAUGGACGUGAAGCCGUCGGAGGGUUUCGAGAAGCUGGCCUUCCUCCUGCAGCAGCCCUCCUUCCCUCCCGUCACCUUCGGAAACCUGCUGCUGCUCUACUGCAAACACGAGUACUUUGACCUGGCAGCUGACGUCCUGGCUGAAAACGCACAUCUCACCUACAAGUUCCUCUCCCCGUACAUGUAUGAGUUUCUGGAUGCCUUGUUGACCUGCCAGACAGCUCCAGAGGAGGCUUUCAGGAAGUUCGACGAGAUGAACGGCAAACUCACGGAGCAGCUACGCAAGCUGGCCAAACAGGUGCAGGAGGCCCGACUGGCUCGAGACGACGAAGCUCAGAAGAAAGCUCUGCAGGACUAUGACCUGAUGCAGGAAAAGUACAUCGUGGUCCUCAUGUCACAGGCCAAGAUCUACUGGAACCGCGAGAACUUCCAGAUGGUGGAGAAGAUUUUCCACAAGUCGGUGGAGGUUUGCAACGAGGACGACACCUGGAAGCUCAACGUGGCUCACGUCCUCUUCAUGCAGAACAAAUACAAGGAGGCCAUCGGCUUCUACGAGCCCAUCGUCAAGAAGCACUACGAUAACAUCCUGAACGUGAGCGCUGCAGUUCUGGCCAACCUGUGUGUGUCCUACAUCAUGACCAGCCAAAACGAGGAGGCUGAAGAGCUGAUGAGGAAGAUUGAGAAAGAGGAAGAGCAGAUCUCCUACGAUGAUCCAGACAAAAAGGUUUUCCACCUGUGCAUCGUGAAUCUGGUCAUUGGGACACUGUAUUGUGCAAAGGGGAACUAUGACUUCGGCAUCUCUCGCGUCAUCAAGAGUCUGGAACCUUACAAUAAGAAGCUGGGGACGGACACAUGGUUCUACGCCAAGCGUUGUUUCCUUUCGCUGCUGGAGAACAUGUCCAAACACAUGGUCAUGCUGAGGGACGCCGUGGUACAGGAGUGUAUUCAGUUCCUGGAGCACUGCGAGGUUUAUGGGAAGGAGGUGCCGGCCAUCAUCGAACAGCCUCUGGAGGAGAUCCGCAUCCACAUCGGCAAAAACACCGUCACCUACGAGGCUCGUCUGCUCAAGGCCCUGUUCUACGAGGUCAUCGGCUGGAACAAGUGACAGCAUCACUCACUGCCGUAAUGUCAAUUGGAAAGCAGCCGGAGGUGCCGUUUUGUUGGAUAUGAAGGAUAAUAGAAGACAAUCAGCACAUAAACUCACUGAUGUGUUCUCAGUCAGGUCUGGAAAUCAUCUUCCAGCUCCUGACUUCCCUCUGGGCAGCUUUUGGACUCACUUCGCUGAGCUGGGAGAGUUUUGGCAGAAGGAUAUAAUCUCAGUCUGAUCCAGCAGAUCUUACAUAACUGUUAGAGGAGGCUCUGACCUCAGCUAAACUCUUACAGCCACUCAUAUAUCAGAGGUGAUCUGUUUUUAUUAGCACUAAUACUCAGAGCAGGCUUUGGUUUUAUUAGUUAGUCUUUAUUCUCGUCACAUAACUUUACACGACAACAAUAGUGUUAUGUAAGUUCAUCUACAUACAUUCAUAGUUCAUGCAGACCCUCUUUGGUCAGUGCUGGACUGCCGCCUUAAUACUCCAGUGGCUUUAUGUUCAGCUGGUUACAUGUUUGUGAAAAGCAAAAACAUAUUUUAAAGAAAAUAAAGACGUUCUUGUUAUUUUUGGAAA